AUGCUGCUGCGGCCAGCUUCACGAACCACAAUCCGGAGUGGCGAUAAUUUAUGCGUGCGGUCACGGCGAAAGCUUCCUCGGUCAACACGUCAAAUCUCAUCAGCCGCAACAGCUGCUGUUGGGGAAGAUGAGUCCUCAAUACACUAUCGCCUCCCCGUAAAUACUCCUUCAGGCAACGAUCUUGAACCGGCUUCAACAACCCGAUGGGAGGCAAUCAAAACGGCAAAACCAUUCUCUUCCUUUCUAACAGACAAUUUCAAUCGUCAGCAUGACUACCUGCGGAUCAGUGUCACUGAGCGAUGUAACCUCCGCUGUCUGUACUGCAUGCCAGAAGAGGGCGUUCCUCUCUCCCCACCCGCUCAUCUCCUUACGAGUCCCGAGAUUCACUAUCUCGCAUCCCUUUUUGUCUCACAAGGUGUGACUAAGAUUCGCCUCACGGGUGGCGAGCCUACCGUGCGGAGGGACAUCCUCCCCCUCAUGCAUUCGAUUGGCUCUCUACGGCGCCAUGGCCUUCGUGAAUUAUGCCUUACGACGAAUGGGAUCUCCUUAUAUCGAAAACUUGAUAGCAUGGUUGAAGCAGGUCUUACUGGCGUCAAUCUGAGUCUUGACACCCUUGAUCCGUUCCAAUUUCAAAUCAUGACACGAAGAAAGGGCUUGGAUGCCGUCAUGAAGAGCAUUGACAGGAUACUCGAAAUGAACCGGCUAGGGGCGGGUAUCAAAUUAAAAAUAAAUUGCGUGGUCAUGCGGGGAAUCAAUGAACGGGAAAUCCUACCGUUUGUAGAAAUGGGCCGCGAUAAGGAGGUCGAAGUCCGCUUCAUCGAAUACAUGCCUUUUGACGGCAACAAGUGGAGCAAGGGAAAGAUGCUUUCUUACGGGGAGAUGCUGGACAUCAUUCGUGAAAAGUACCCAGGUCUGCGCAAAAUUCAGGAUCACAAAAACGACACGAGCAAGACGUACCAAGUUCCUGGAUUCCCUGGGCGCGUUGGCUUCAUCACGAGCAUGACUCACAACUUCUGCGGAACUUGCAACCGACUAAGGAUUACCUCGGACGGAAACCUGAAGGUCUGUCUCUUUGGUAACUCUGAAGUUUCUCUGCGGGAUCUGCUGCGGAAAGAUAACAGUGGCAACCCGCUCGACGAAGAAGCCUUUGAGGCGCUGAAGGAGGUUGAGAUGAACCGACAGCAGGGCUUAGCAGGACCUAAUGGUCCCAUGAGUUGGGCUGAGCGGGAGAAUGAACUCCUAGAAGUCAUUGGAAUGGCUGUGAAGCGAAAAAAGGAACGGCAUGCCGGCAUGGGCGAACUGGAGAACAUGAAGAACCGCCCUAUGAUUCUAAUUGGUGGGUAG